AUGCCCUUCUCGGCAAAGCCAACAACAAAGGACCCGGCCAGCUAUGCAAAUUUUACCGAGGUCACCGUCCGGCAUAUGGACCUGAAAUAUUGCAUUUCUUUCGAGAAAAAGACAAUGGAGGCGGAAGCCAAUUACAUUCUCGACGUGCUCACCAAUGAAGCGGAGAAAAUUUCACUCGACACCCGCGAUUGUGACAUUCACAAGGUCGAGGUUAACGGACAUGAAUAUGCUUACAAAAUCCUCGAACCGGAAAAGGAAUAUAAAGGCCACAAUCUGGUGGUGGCACUGCCAAAGGGGCUGAGGGUUGGGGAUGAAGUAAAGUUGACAAUAUCCUAUACGGUGCUGCCAGAGUCAUUGUCUUUACAAUGGAUGGCGCCGGAGCAGACGAUCGAUAAGACCCACCCACUCGUGUUUACAUACAAUCAACCAAUAAAUGCUCGUGCCAUUGUACCAUGUAUGGAUACGCCAUCAGUCAAGAGCACCAUCAGCUACCAGGUAUCUGCCCCUAAAUCUCUACAAGUUUUGUUUGCUGCUGUCGAAUCGAAGGGCCCUGAAGUUGACCAGGAACACCCUGAAAACAGAAUUUUUUAUGCGGAACAAAAGAUUCCAAUCCCCUCCUACCUAAUCGCGUUCCUGGCUGGAAAUUACGUAUCUGCGGAUAUUUCACCGAGAAUCCGGGUUUGGACUGAGCCGUCGAUUAUCGAAAAGGCUAGAUAUGAAUUUGCUACGACCGAAGAGCAGCUGCAGCUAGCCGAGUCGAUACUUGGUGAAUUCGUGUGGGGCCGAGCGGACAUGGUGGUGUUGCCGAAUUCGUUUCCGUUCGGCGGGAUGGAGAAUCCGAAUAUGAUCUUCUUGACACCGUCUUUGUUGGCUGGGGAUCGUUCUUUGGUGCAUCUUGUCACUCAUGAACUUGUGCAUUCUUGGACCGGGAAUUUGGUGACCAACGCUACUUGGGAGCACAUGUGGCUUAAUGAGGGCUUCACCAAAUACUACGAACGCCGUAUUCUCGGCAAACAAUUUGGAGAACCCCGUCGCGCAUUCCAAAAUAUCAACGUACGGGCCGUGAAAGUGUAUUCCAGGCUGAACGAGGGCUUCACCGAAUACUAUGAGCGUCGGGUGAUCGGAAAGGAAUUUGGGGAGUCGAACAGGGACGUCUGUUGCAUCAACUGUUGGAGCCAGAAUUUGGUGACGACGGUGCACGAGCAAUUCCACCCGGAACACCCCUGGACGGCCAUGGUCCAGGACCACAGCGUCGAAGGUGACCCAAUUUCCGCUUUCUCUAUGAUCUACUACGAAAAGGGCCAAGUGUUCCUCUACACCCUGGAAAAGCUGUUGGGGCGUGAAGAAUUCGAUACCUGGAUGCACAAAUACAUUGCCGACUACACGGGAAAGUCGUUGAACACCGACGAGUGGCGCGCCCAUUUCUUGGCCCAUUUUGCCGAUAAAGCGGAUGCCUUGGCCGAGCUCGACCUCGACAAGUGGCUUUAUGGCUUGGGGAUGCCCCCAAAACAGCCGAGCUACGAUACAUCUUUGCAAGAAGAAUGCCAGAAAUAUGCCGACUUGUGGGCCGAUGCUGAUCCGGCUGCCGCGGAACAUAUCGAUACAUCAAUUUAUGAGAAUUUUAAUGCGCUACAGAAAAUCGAGUUUUUCAGCUUGGUUCGGAAUCACAAAAACGUGGUAGAAUCAAAAGUGUUGGAAGUGAUGGAACGUCGGUUGAAUUUGGGGCAUUUGACGAAUGUUGAGAUGGAAUAUCUCUACAUCCUGGCCGGUCUUCGAGCUCGUUGGCACUCCAUCAUCCCGCGCGCCAUGGCAUUUGUCGAGAAGAAUGGACGCCUCAAAUUUUCGCGACCCGUCUUUAGGGAGCUCCUCAGCUGGGACCAAACCCAAAAAGACACCCUCGUCCUCUUCCACCGUAUCCGCACCCAAAUGCACCCGCUUGGCGCGGAGAUGACGAUGCUCGAGUUGAAGAAGCUGGGAUUGGCU